CUCUGACUAAGCUGCGCUGUGUGACUAUGAGUCUCUUUUUCUCUCUUCUCUCUUUUCUGCUCUCUUUUUUUCUUACUUUCUAGUUUCUGUCUGUUAUCUUUCUUUCUUUUAUUUUCUUUCGCUCUCUCUGUCUGUUUUCAAAUGUACCAACCUAAAAUGGCCGAUCAAGAUAUUCGGAAUAAUGGUUCUGAUGGUGUAAAUGACAAUAAGAAAGAUAUCAAAGGACGAGGUCGUAGUCCAGCUGGUCGUGGUGCUGGCGGUGGAGGUGGACGUCGUCGAUCACGAUCUCCAAUUGACCGUCAUCGACAAGGAGGAGGAGGAGGUGAGAAUAAAGCAUCUCGCCGAGUGUAUGUUGCAAAUGUUCCCUUCGAUGUAAAAUGGAAUGAUUUAAAAGACUUGUUCAGGGAGAAAGUCGGCAAUGUUGUCUACUGUCAACUCUUUGAAGAUGAAAAAGGCCAAUCAAGAGGCUGUGGACUUGUUGAAUUUCAGGACACUGCAUCUGCACAAAAAGCUAUUGAGACUUUACAUAGACACAAUUUUCGUAAUCGUGAGCUGGUUGUCAAAGAAGAUUUAGAUUGUGAACGGGAUCGAUUUGGUCGAUUAAUAUUACCUGAUGCCAAAAGAGGAGGAGGAGUAGGUGUAGGAAAGGAAAGAGAACGUGAAAUACCUCGUGAAAGAGAUAUCUACGAUAGGCCUCCUGUUGGAUUCAAUCAAGGAGGUAUAAAUUAUAAUACUUUUGGACUAAGUCCGCAGUUUCUCGAAAGCUUGGGGAUCACUGGACCACUAAACAAUAGAAUUUUUGUAGCCAAUCUCGACUUCAAAGUUGGUGAAAAGAAACUUGAAGAAAUAUUCAGACUUUCUGGGAAAGUUUUAAGAGUUCGUCUUUACACCGAUUCAUCAAAUAAUAGUAAAGGACAUGGUACUGUCGAAUUUGAACAUCCUGUUGAGGCUGUGCAAGCUAUUUCUAUGUUUCAUAAUCAAAAACUUUACGGACGUCCGAUGAGUAUAAGAAUGGAUAAAUAUGAAUGUGAAGAAAUGCCAGAGGUUUUACCAUCUAAAUUACCUGCUGGUCUUGAAGGAGUUGGUAAAGGAUUAGGAAUCGGUGGUCAACCUCUCAACAUUGGUAAAAGCUUACUGAAUAACUACAAUUUCGGUAAUGUGGCACCUGUGCAACCACCUCCUCCUCAACAACCUAUUCCUCCACCUAAUACUGGUCUCAAUGCAUUUGGCGGUAUGGCUGGCAUGGCCGGCACCGGUAACAUGUCUCAACUUCCUAUGCCUCAACAAGGCUUAGCCCCUGGAUUAGCAGCAACUCCAUCAGUCCCAUCAGCUCCUUCUUCAUAUGGAAUGCCAGGAGUAGUUAACUCUGGUGACCGAUCCAUGGGUAACAUGGGUCAACCUAUGGUGGGACUUUCUGGUAACCCAGGUGGUCUGCCUAAUUUGGCACCAUCUUCUCAAAAUGUUCUUGCCGCUGCCCAAUCACUUUCAGGACCUUCAUCUAUACCAGGAGUGAAUCCUGCUCUUGGUCUCGGUGCUGGACAACAAGCAGGCCCAGGAGUCGUUGGAGGCAACCCAUCUAACUUAGGAGUAUAUGGUUCUUACGAAAGGGAAUUCCGUGAUGAUAAAUAUCGAGUUCCUCAACCGAUGACAGACACAAUUGUGGUACGAAAUCUCCCUCCUAACUUCAGUUGGCAAAAUCUUAGGGACCGUUUCAAUGAAAUUGGUGAAGUCAGAUAUGCUGAGCUUAAAAAUCGAGGAACUGCUAUUGUUCGCUUCCAUUCAGAAAGAGAUGCCCAAAGAGCUGUUGAUUUGAUGAACGUAUCCUCGUUUACCUGCUACUCGUUACAUGCAACAUGGUUACAAUCAUCAUCAUUUAGAUCAAUCAAAAUUGUUUCCUCCAUCAGGCCAUUCAAAGGAUUAUCGCUGAUCAUGUUAAUGCUUAAUUGUCUUGAUUAUAUACGUUUCAUCUUUUGCUUUAUCGUUUGUAAUAAUUGGCUGACUUCAUAUUUGGCUAUUCCAGACUAAUAUUAGCCGUAUAUAGAAAUAAUUCAUUCAAGUUGAUGGUGGUUUGUUAUCUUACUCUCAUUCACAGUCUAUCAAUGUUAAUUUCACCUCUUUCUCCUCUUCAGCAUCACAUUCUAAUUGUUGAUAUGUAAUUGAUUAGAAAUACUAUUCUCUUACUUCUUUACCUUCUCAUCUUGAUCUUCUUCUCAUUUUGUUUAUGCCUAUGUUUAUCUCUAUUGUCAUUUUUUCUUUGCCAUUCUCAUUGGUACCUUUUUUGUAACUCAGUUUCGUUACAAAUAACCAAAUCAAACGUGUUUCAUGUCAAUUGUAUUUAUUAGCUUACAUUUUGAAAUGAUAUUUUUGCUCCAACUUCAAUUUUUCGUCUGUAUUUUAUCAUUUUUAAGACUAACUCAUUCUCGAGUUUACCCGAUUCUGCUUUUGUUUAUCGCCAAUCUUUUUUUUCUGUGUAUUGAGAAGUAAAAAACUUGCACCUCUUCGAUCCAGUUCAAUAUUGGACUUUCCAAUUUGAAAUCUUCUGCGAUUGAGCCAUUCCAUCAUCAA